AAUGGCUUCCAAGGCACAGAGUGAGAAUUGGCCGGAUGAGACAAUUUGCUCCAUCUGCCUUGAAUUCUUCACCAAUCCGGUUUCACUGGAGUGCGGGCACAAUUUCUGCCGCCACUGCAUCACUCGGUGCUGCGAAACGAAUAGUGUGAAUUGCUGCCCGGAGUGCAGGCGCGAAUUUCCGGCUAUCCCUUCCGCGAUCAACUGGGCCCUGGCGAGUCUGGCCGAGAAAGCACAAAAGUUAAAGCAGAGCCAGAAGGAGAAGAAAAGUAAACUCCUCUGCGAGGAACACGAGGAAGAGCUGAAGCUGUUUUGUGACACAGACAAGAAACUGAUCUGCGUGAUUUGCCGGGACGCGCGGGAACACAAGCCUCACAAUUGUAUACCGAUUAAGGAAGCUGUCGAAAUCUACAAGGAUCAGAUGAAAUCCACCUUCAUCUCUCUCUCCAAGAAGAUAUCAGAAUUCCAGGAAAUGGAACUGCAGCAGAAACAGACGAUUAGUAAGAUUAAGAAACAAUCACGCUACCUACAGAAUCGCGUGGCUUCAGAAUUCGCUGAAGUGCACAAGGUUCUCACCGAUAAAGAACACAGCUUAAUCAAAGGCCUCAAGGAAGAAGAGGUGAAAUUCGUGAGCAUAAUGGAAAUAAAUCUUAAAUACAUUCAAGAUAAGUUAAUAUCCAUCCAAGGGAAGCUGGCAAACGUGGGAAAACAGAUGAAACAGAAAGAUGGAACUAUCUUCCUGAAGGAGGAAACCUCUCGGAAAAGCAGCCUCAACGAAACAGGUCAGAAAGUGUCGGUGACUGGAGGCAGCCUCUCCAUGGGACAUUUCAACUGCACUUUACCGUUUGCAGUGUGGAGAGAAUAUAUUGACACUGUUAAAUCUGACUCUGUGACCCUGCAUGAGGAUAGCGCGCAUCCGGAGCUCGAGGUGUCCGGCAGCCUGAUGAAUGUGAGAUUGACCGGGGUCAGGAGAGGCCUCCGCAACAACAGGAAGAGGUUUAUGGAAUGUCUCUGUGCGCUGGGAUCGGAGGGAUUCACGUCGGGGAGACAUUACUGGGAGGUGGAGGUGGCGGGGAGUCGGCGCUGGAGUCUGGGAGUCGUCGCAGAGUCUGUGGAGAGGAAGAGACGGGUCGACCUGAAACCUGAGGAAGGAUUCUGGACCAUCGAGAGAUAUCACGAGGAGGUUUCCACAAGCAAUUCUUCCCAGACCCCUCUCUCAGCCGGUCCCGUUCCCGGGAGGGUGGGAGUUUACCUCAGUUACGAUUCGGGGACAGUCUCAUUUUAUAAUGCGGACACCAAGUCCCACCUCCACACCUUCACCGGGAAUAAAUUCGUGGGGAAAAUGUAUCCCUUCUUUGGUGCUUGGGAUGAAAAUCAAUGGCUGAAGAUAUGCUUCAUUCCCUGCUCGAAUCAGUAAAAGGGCCGGGUCCCGGGACCGACGUCAUGAGUGGGGCUGAGUGGCUGUGGGGCAGAAACCGUGUGAAAAACAGGUUGGCGCUGAACCGGUUUCAUUUAAUCCCCAAAUUUCGCGUCGGAAUAGACUAGUAUA